AUGCCCGAACAAGUCGAGGAAAGUAUCGAUUUGUUGAACGUGGCACGUCGUAUGCAUGGAAUGGAACGAGCGCAUGCGAUUGCACAACGAGGAGAAUCGAGUUCGACGGCUCCAAUGUAUCAAAUAAUCAAAGGAUAUGGGACAGCAAAGACGAUUUUCGACUUUCCAGAAUUGAUUCUUGACAAAAUCUUUUCGUAUUUCACUUAUGAUGAACUCGCAAAAAUCCGAGGGGUCAGUCGCAUUUUCAAUUGCUACGUGAAGGAGGAAUUGAACAAAGGAUUUGAGAAGUUGGGAAAAAUUCUAGAGACAAACAAACAAAAUGUGAAGAAAGGAUUGCCGAAAAGAGAAUCGCAAAGAAAACGGCAUCGUCUAACGAAAAUCAACGAGAUAUAUACGGCAAUGGACACGAGAUAUUCGCUUCUCGAUUUGACUUUCAAAAAAUACAUGACUCACACUCAUCCGAGACUCAACAUUUGCUUCAUUCCGGGACGAGUCAUCGAUGAAUUUAACCGAGUUCUCGAUAUUUUGCAAAAAUGUAUUGAUAAUGGUGGAGAAUUUACUGGCGAUGUCACUGAGCUUCUCAAGGAAGUUCGCGAUUUGUCGAGUAUGGCAAUGGAAUAUUUCGAGGAAACGAUUCUGCCGAUAUUGGAUGAGCGCGCUGAACGCGAGGGAAUUUCGUCGUAUGUUUAUGAUUCGAUAACGACGUACUCGAAGAAGAAACCAUGGAGAGUUCGACGAGAUCCUCAUGAAUUGGGUUUGCCGCCGAAUGCUCAAUACGACAGAAUAGUUGCUAAUUCGCCAUUGGCGAAAGAUCUGCCGAAAUCGAUGCAGGACAAAAUUGAGGCUCAGCAGAAGAAGAUCGAUUCACAGACUGAGGAAAUUCGCUUGCUGAAAGAUGCCGUUUCGAGCCUUUUCACCUUCAUGCAGCAGAGCUUCCCAGAGCAUCGAAGUCGUUUGCGCCGCUUCAUGGUGGACAGUCCGUUACUCUUGAGUGCCGCGGCGAAUCAAUUUGCAUCCAAUAAAGAUGAAGCUGGACCAUCGGAAUCACGAAAGCGAGUGUUCGAUGAUUUCGGCGAUGAACCAUUAAUGAAAAAAAGAACAUAA